GGGAGGUGGGGCCGCCGCCCGCCGCCAUUUUGGCUGGUUUGCGUCGCUUCCGCCGCUGGAAGUAAACAGAGAGCGAGGCCAGGGAAGGAGCGAAGCAGCGACGCGGGCGGGACGGGACGGAGCGGACGGUCGGGCGGCGGAGGCGGCGCUGGGGUCGGCUUUGGCGGAGAGAGCUGAUGUGGCCGGAGCGGAGGCGCCAGCGCGGCCCGAGCCCCGGUUAAUGCGAAGCGCAGCAGGGAGCCGCCAGAAUGAAACGAGGAAGGACAACUAAUGAGGCCAACAGCAGUUCAUCUGAAGACACAACUGAGAAGGAAUCCAAGAGACACAAGAUUGUAGAGAAGAAAAGCACAGUUGUGCAGAGUCCUGACUGGGCAAACCUGCUCCAAGACAUUAUCCUGCAGGUGUUCCAGUACUUGCCACUUCUGGAUCGUGCUCAUGCAUCCCAGGUCUGCAGGAGCUGGAACCAAGUGUUUCAUAUGCCUGAUCUCUGGAGGUGCUUUGAGUUUGAGCUGAAUCAACCAGCCACGUCAAACCUGAGGACUACACACCCUGAACUAAUCAAGCAAAUAAUAAAGAGGCAUUCCAAUCACCUGCAGUAUGUUAGCUUCAAGGUGGACAGUAGCAAGGAAUCUGCAGAAGCAGCUUGUGAUAUUUUAUCACAGCUUGUGAAUUGCUCUCUGAAAACACUUGGGCUAAUUUCAACUGCCCGGCCAAGCUUCAUGGAUUUACCGAAGUCUCACUUUAUUUCUGCACUGACAGUGGUGUUUGUGAACUCCAAAUCCCUCUCUUCACUUAAGAUUGAUGACACACCCGUGGAUGAUCCAUCUCUCAAGGUUCUGGUGGCUAACAACAGUGACACCCUCAAACUGUUGAAAAUGAGCAGCUGUCCUCAUGUUUCUCCAGCUGGAAUCCUCUGUGUGGCUGACCAGUGCCACGGCUUGCGAGAGCUGGCGCUGAACUACCACCUGCUGAGCGACGAGCUGCUGCUGGCUCUGUCCUCGGAGAAGCACGUCAGGUUGGAACACUUGCGCAUCGACGUGGUCAGCGAGAAUCCCGGACAGACUCAGUUCCACACCAUUCAGAAGAGCAGCUGGGACGCUUUCAUCAAGCACUCUCCUAAAGUGAAUUUAGUCAUGUACUUUUUCUUGUACGAGGAGGAGUUUGACCCGUUCUUUCGGUACGAGAUCCCCGUCACUCACCUGUACUUCGGCAGGUCGGUCAGCAAGGACGUGCUGGGCCGCGUGGGGAUGACGUGCCCACGCCUGGUGGAGCUGGUGGUGUGUGCCAAUGGAUUGCGGCCGCUGGACGAGGAGCUGAUCUGCAUCGCUGAGCGGUGCAAGUACCUGUCGGCCGUGGGCCUCGGGGAGUGUGAAGUCUCCUGCAGUGCCUUUGUGGAGUUCGUGAAGAUGUGUGGUGGUCGCCUCUCGCAGCUCUCUAUUAUGGAGGAAGUUCUGAUUCCUGAUCAGAAAUACAGCUUAGAGCAGAUUCACUGGGAGGUUUCAAAGCAUCUUGGUAGAGUCUGGUUCCCAGACAUGAUGCCCACUUGGUAAAGUCCUUAAAAGACUCCAGGGCGAAUGGAGUAGCACCUUAAACCCAAGCUUACCAUAUUGCAAUUUCCUGUAUAAGCUUAUUUAAUAAUAUAGAUUUUGCUGCAAGUUAAUUAAUGGUUUGAUUAGAAAAUUAAUUUUUCUUUCAAAAAUUGAUUUGGAACUUGAGAACCAAAAGAGUUCACAGCUCCAAAACCUGUUUUCAUCCAAACAAAAUUCAGGUUUCUGUUUUAUAUUUAGUCUUUGUCAUUAAAGGUGACUUUAAAUAUUUUUGGAAAUAAAAAUUAUUUAAAAUAUUGAAAUGCACUUGAAAAAUACCAGUUUUAAUAUGGUGUUUUUCUUUGAUUUAGAUUAGUAGUAUUGGACACAAUCAUAUUUGAUCUUAAAAUGCCAAGUGAAACCCCACCAAAAUGGCAUGUUUUGUUGCAGACUGUAGCAUUUCUAAAUCCAGUCACCUCGAUGACAAGAUGACGAUAAUGAGGAGUGUUUAGUAGCCUGUGAAAUACACACAUUCUGUUAAGUCAUAAAGGCAAGAGCAAUAUACAAUAAUAAAUUUAGACAACUAAAGUAGUAAGUUUACCACCUUAUUCAACAGAUUAUUGGAUCCAUCUAAAAUGUGUUUAGAGCGCUAACAGCCAGUAGUGUGAGCUACCAAAAGUGGUGUGGGGUUUUUUCCACGCUCUAUGCAUUUUAAUGUAGUUUGCUUAUGGGGUCUCAGAUCUGCGUCUAAACCUGUUUUAAGGUAUUUUAUGUCUAGCUCAGGAAGCGAAAGCAUUCUGGGGAAAAAUGUAGAUACAUUGUAUUUAAAACCACACUGGAGUUAAUGAGCUUUUCUUGCACAUUACCCGGUUUGGCAGCGUACGGUGAGAUGGAAUAAUGUAUGGUUUGUGAAAUGAACCCAGCAAUGUUAUUCUGGUGACGUGGGUGUGAGCAGUGCAAGGUGAGAAAGGUAAAAUUUGAAUGUUGACCAAGAACCUUUUCACAAAACCUUAGACCUUUUGGCUGCUUUCAGUUUGACAGAAAUGACAUUGGAACAGUUGCUUAAGCUGUAUAAACUAACUGUAUACUGUAAAUCUGUUUCAGAAAUGUUUAUGUAUAAAGUGGAUGUUUAAUAGGUGAUAAUUUUUGUAUUCCUUUAAUUGAGCUAGUUCUGUCAUUUCAUAAUAUUUAACAAUUCAAAAGGAGUAGACUUGGUGGAGUAGAGCAAUAGGCAAAAAUCUGUUUUGAACAUUUGAUAAAUCAGUUUUAAUAAAGAAAGUUUUUAGUUUGUAAGUGGUGUAGGCAAGACACUGCCUGUGAUCUGGACGUGGCUUGUGACUUCAUUUCUUACUGCCAACAGUUAUUUUCUCUUUGAGGUUGCUGAUGGUAACACUGAAGUGUUGCCCAGACCGCUGCAUGUUUGAGAGAUGUGGUCAGCCCUCAGCAAGGCAGAGCUGCCCCCGCGGGCUGGGUUGAGCUGCUUCUCACUUGAGCUGUACAGCUCCUUCUGUAGUAAGUAGAUUUCCUUCAUCUCUGAUUUCAGUCAUGUUUAUCCGAAUGUAUAAUUUAGUGUAAUACACUUAUGAGUGUAUUUAAGUUCAUAACUAUAUUUUGAGCAAACAAUGCUCAGCGGACUGGACAUCUUUAUAGGGGAGUUGUAUGUUUCUGUAGAGCUUUGAUUUAAAAAUUGCAUUUUAUGAAAUACGCAGUUUUUGUAUUAGAAUUUGUUAAAUUAAUGUAAUACUAUAAUUUGCUUUUAUUUGUACAAAAGGUGUCAAUAUAUUUAGUCCGUAAAAGUAAAAAA